AUGACGAACUUCUUCCAGAAUUCAAUAAGACAAAAUGGGCCGACUGUACCAGAGGUGGGUAUGAUGUUCAACGAUGAUAAAGAAGCGUAUGACUUCUACAAAAGGUAUGCCUAUGAUAUUGGUUUUCCAGUUCGAAAAAGAAACUCAAAAAAGGGGGAUGACGGACUAUUGAAAUAUGCGACAUUUACAUGUAGUCGUGAAGGUCGAAGACCGAGUAAUGCAAGCGGCUCUUUAAAUCCACAACCAAUCAGUCAAACAGAUUGUAAAGCAAGGAUCUCUGCUUCUUCGAAUAGUCAUGGAAUGUGGAGAAUUAAUACUGUCCACCUUGACCAUAACCAUAGAACUAGCCCUUCCAAGUCUAGGUUGUACCGAUGCAACAGAGAGUUGAGUGCAACUGUGAAACAGAAACUUGAAGUGAAUGAUUUUGCAGAAAUUCCGUUACAUAAAAGUUUCAACUUCGUAGUUGUUGAAGCAGGUGGAUAUGAGAAUAUGACGUGUGUGAAAAAGGACUGUCACAAUUAUAUUGAACAAGUGAGGCGAUUGCGACUUGGGGAAGGAGAUGCGGCUGCAAUACAAAGUUAUUUUUCAAAAAUGCAAGCACGAUGCUCAGGUUUUUACUUCAGUAUGGAUGUAGACGACGAGUCUCGCCUAAAGAGCGUGUUUUGGUCCAAUAAUAGGUGUAGGAAGGCAUAUAUGGAGUUUGGGGAUGUUGUCACAUUUGAUACAACUUACCUCACUAACAAAGCUCAUCAUGGAAUAAUUACUGAUCAAGAUAGGGCUAUGCAAAAUGCUAUUGAGAUUGUUUUCCCAGAUACAAAGCAUAGGUGGUGUUUGUGGCACAUUUUGAAGAAGUUGCCGGAGAAGUUUGGGUACUAUGUUGAUAAGGCUUCCAUAUUUUUGGCUAUACAUCAAUUGGUGUAUGAUUCACAGAAUAUUGAAGAAUUUGAAUUAGGUUGGAAAGAGAUGAUCGAGACAUAUGAGUUGAUAGAUAAUGAAUGGUUGUCGGGGUUGUAUGUUAAUAGAGGUCGUUGGGUGCCUUGCUUUUUGAAAAUGGCUUUUUGGGCGAGGAUGUCCACAACUCAGUGA